UACUUAGCUGUACAAUUUUCAGUUUGAAUUCGUUAACAGCCGCUAACGGUUUGCCCCCAAAAACUGGUCUCCCGACAUCCUUACGGAAUUCCUUUUUCAAUAGAAAUCUUUGAACAUGACCAAAGUGUCGCAAAGUGCUGGCAACAGCAACAAUGGCAACAGCACCGACAUCUACAACAUUGUCCUCCUGAUCGUGGACAUUGUGAUGCUGAUCGUCAAGUUCUGGAUUGCCAUUGUGGAGGCGAUAGUUAACCUGUUCCGUCCCGCUCCACUCGAGGAGGUCGGCGGCAAGGUGGUCCUGAUCACCGGCACUGGCCAUGGCAUGGGCAAGCAUAUGGCCCAGCAAUAUGCCAAACUGGGGGCCACCGUCAUCUGCUGGGAUGUGAAUGAGCAGACCAACAACCAGACGGUGAAGGAGAUCCAGAAGAGCGGCGGCAAGGCCCACGGCUACGUCUGCAAUGUGACCAAGCGGGAGGAGCUGCUGGAGCUGGCCCAGAAGGUGCGCAAGGAGCAUGGCUUCAUCCAUGUGGUGGUCAACAAUGCCGGCAUCAUGCCCUGCCAUCCCCUGCUGGAGCACACCGAGAACGAGAUCCGUCUGAUGUACGACAUCAAUGUGUUGUCGCACUUCUGGAUGAUCCAGGCCUUCCUGCCCGACAUGGUGGAGCGGAACGAGGGUAGCAUUGUGGCUCUGUCCUCCUGUGCCGGUCUCUUUGGGCUGAUUAAUCUGGUUCCAUACUGCGGCACCAAGUUCGCCGUUCGCGGAUACAUGGCCGCUCUGGCCGAGGAGCUGCGUUACAAGAAUCCCCAAAAUAAUGUCAAGCUGACCACCAUCUAUCCGUACAUGAUCGAUACGGGUCUGUGCAAGAAUCCCCGCUACCGUUUCCCCAGCCUGUUCAAACUGAUCUCUGCCGAUGCGGCUGCUGCCUCCAUUAUCGAGGCCCAGCGCCAGGGACUGGAGGAGGCUGCCAUUCCACGUCACUUUGUUGCUGUGGAGAAGAUCGGUCGCCUGAUACCGCGCAAGGCGAUGCGUUUGGUGAACGAUUUCCUCGACACGGGAGUUGAUACCGACAAGCACUAGUGGAGUUAUGGAGGAGAUUCCUGUAGGUCAUAAAGCUUUAACAUUGUUUUUUUUUUUUUACAACUAUGUACAACAACAACGAC